CUAUCUAUCCAUCUCUCUCAGUCAAUAACCCUAAUGGUUUCCAAUCAAUCCUCAGCUUCCACGUCCCGACAGAGAGUGCGAGAAUUGCUUCCCACCGUCUACCUCGGACGUUACGAGCCUGGCUUAAAGAACAGCAUAACAGAUGUCGAAGGUGUAUUGGUGUCAACGCAGUCCAUCCAUGAGUCGCCGAACUACCCAGAUGCACCAGCUGGCGCCAUCAAUACCGGUGUCACUACGAUUCUGCCCUGUAAAGACUGGUUCAACAAGGGUUGCUUUGCAGGUAUCUUCCGAUUCAACGGCUCAGGAGAGAUGACGGGCUCGCACUGGAUCGAAGAGUCAGGAUUGCUGCAUUCUCCGGUCGUGAUUACCGGCAGCUUCGGUGUUGGGAACGCGUACAAUGGUAUCUACGAGCAUGGGAUACGGGAGCACGCAGAUCAGUUGGGGAAGGUUGGCUGGUUCCUGCUACCAGUGGUCGCUGAGACAUUCGAUGGCUUCCUUCACGACGUGUCCAAGUUUGCUGUCACGUCUCAGCAUGUGGUCAAGGGCAUCGACGAGGCCAGCAGUGCUCCUGUGCAAGAAGGCAACACUGGUGGUGGCACAGGCAUGAUCUGCCACUGGUUCAAGGGCGGCACCGGAUCCAGUAGUCGCCUAGUACCAGCAGAUCAGGGGAAGACUUACACAAUCGGCGCUCUCGUCCAAGCCAACUACGGUCCGAUGAGAGACUUCAAGAUAUCUGGUGCCCCGAUCGGUCGUCUAAUUUUUGAGGAGCAGCAGUGCCUGGCUGAGGAGGACCCCACCAAUCCAGGAUUGCUGGCGCAGGCAAAAAUGCUGUUCAAGAUCAAGGAAGAGAAAGAUAAACAGGACGGAAGCAUCAUCAUCGUCCUUGCAACGGAUGCUCCACUCCACCCAACACAGCUUCGGCGCCUAGCAAAACGUGCCACUGUCGGCCUCGCCCGUGUCGGAGGCUGGGCGUCGAAUUCAUCCGGCGAUAUAUUCCUGGCUUUCUCGACUGCUAACCAGAUGACAGUCCAAGAACACACGGCAUCGACGCAAAAUGUGGACCCUUGGAAGCCGAAGGCGAAGAGUGUGGAUAUGAUUGAUGACCAGACUAUCAAUGCGUUGUUCGAGGCGAGCGCGGAUGCCGUAGAGGAGGCCAUAUUGAACGCGGUAUUCAAGGCCGAGAGUAUGGAGGGCAACGGAAACACGAUCGAUGCGCUGAACUUGGACAAAGUGAAGGAGUUGAUGCAGAAGUACAUGUAAAUGUCACCCAGACUUACCUGUU